UUCUUCUUCUUCUCUCUCUCUCUCUCUCUCUCGAUAUUGUCUCCUCUUUUUCCUCGUCCGUUUCUUCCCUAUCUUCUUCAUCACCACUGCAAUAUUCUUCUCUUCCUCUUUAACACUUUUUCUUAAAACAUGCUGAUCAAACAUUAACUCCAUUAUCAACACCCAUAAAACCCACUCUUCAGCUCCCCACAAAACUAGUUUUCUGGCGAGAAGUACUGAUCUGAAAAGGGUCUAAUUUUACGAACCUUUAAAACCCAUAUCGCUUUUCAUAUCUCUGUAUUCCUAGGAAACUUUCUCGUUCUUUCUCAUACGUGAAGCUCUUUUUAGCUUGUGAUACCUUUAGCCAAAAACUCUUUCCGUUAUUUUCUAGCAAAUAAAAAGAGAAGAAUAUUGAGGUUUCUUUCUGUACACCGAGAUCUUAGUUGGCGUUACAAUCUUGUUGUCUCAAGAGUUUGAAAUUGGGGAUAUAGUCAAAAAACCUAUACACAUAAUCGUCAACUCCUAUCUAGUUUUUUGGCACGUAAUAGUGAAAAGGCUGAGCACUUUUUGAAAGCCCCAAAUCAUAGCCAUUUCAUCUUUUUUCAGUUACUUCUAGUAAUAUUGCUUUUAGCUUUACUUGGUCAACGCUAAAAAUUUAUUAAUACCAACCCCAGAAGGCGUCAAGUCAAUUCUCUUGAGAAAACCAAACCAAGAAGAGAGAGAGAUUAUGAAUAUCGCCUAGGGUUUGUAGAAGAGUGAAUAUAUGCAAUCAUACAAGCAGGAAAAAUGCUUCCGCCGAAUAACCUGAAACUUUCAUUUAAAGGGAGGAAAUUUUCAGUGUAUUCCGGUCGUCAUCUUCGCCGCUGACAACUAAUCAGAUUAAAAAAAAAAAAAAAAAAGAAAGAAGAAGAUUAAGAUAUCAGUCCUAGGAUUUUUCCUGCAAAAAUGUUUCAGCCAAAUAUGUUCGAGACUCACCAUCAUCUGUUGGAUAUGAGCCACAAAAGCUCGGAAAAUGAGCUGGGAAAGGUCCGAGAUGACGAUCUUGAGACUAAAUCGGGCACCGAAACUAUGGACGCCCCAUCCGGAGAUGACCAGGAUCCGAACCAACGUCCCAAAAAGAAACGUUACCACCGCCACACCCAGCGCCAAAUCCAGGAAAUGGAAGCAUUCUUUAAGGAGUGUCCUCACCCAGAUGACAAGCAAAGAAAGGAGCUGAGCCGUGAGUUAGGUUUAGAGCCUUUGCAAGUGAAAUUUUGGUUCCAAAAUAAGCGAACUCAAAUGAAGGCCCAACAUGAACGCCACGAGAACUCAAUCCUGAAAGCCGAAAACGAAAAGCUUCGGGCUGAGAACAACAGGUACAAAGAAGCCCUAAGCAACGCCACUUGCCCUAACUGCGGAGGCCCAGCUGCUCUUGGUGAGAUGUCUUUUGACGAGCAACAUCUCAGGAUAGAAAAUGCCCGUUUACGUGAAGAGAUUGAUAGGAUAUCUGGGAUCGCUGCUAAAUACGUUGGCAAGCCUUUGUCUUCGCUUUCUCACCUCUCAUCUCAUGUGUCUUCCCGUUCUCUUGACAUGGGGGCUGGGAAUUUUGGGUCUCAGUCAGGUUUUGUAGGCGAAAUGUUCGGAUCUAGUAGUGAUCUUCUGCGGUCAGUCUCAGUGCCCACCGAGGCUGAUAAGCCGAUCAUAGUGGAGCUAGCGGUGGCGGCCAUGGAGGAACUUGUUAGAAUGGCUCAGGCUGGAGACCCCUUGUGGAUUCCUGGUGACAACAGCUCAAGUGAAAUGAUAAAUGAAGACGAGUACUUGAGGAGUUUCCCCAGGGGAAUUGGGCCUAAGCCAUUAGGCAUGAAAUCGGAAGCGUCUAGAGAAUCAGCUGUUGUCAUCAUGAAUCACACUCACCUUGUUGAGAUUCUCAUGGAUGUGAAGCAAUGGUCUACUGUAUUUUGCGGCAUUGUCUCAAGAGCAAUGACACUUGAUAUUCUCUCAACUGGAGUGGCAGGGAACUACAAUGGAGCCUUGCAAGUGAUGACAUCUGAGUUCCAAGUACCCUCACCAUUGGUUCCAACCCGUGAGAAUUACUUCGUAAGGUACUGUAAACAGCACGCUGAUGGAACUUGGGCCGUUGUCGAUGUUUCGUUGGAUAAUCUUCGUCCGAGCCCAAUUCCUACGAGCCGAAGAAGGCCCUCCGGUUGCUUAAUCCAAGAAUUGCCAAAUGGUUAUUCAAAGGUCAUUUGGGUUGAACAUGUUGAAGUGGAUGAUAGAGCCGUUCAUAACAUCUAUAGACCACUAGUUAACUCUGGUCUUGCCUUUGGAGCAAAACGUUGGGUGGCUACUCUGGACCGACAAUGUGAACGACUUGCAAGUUCAAUGGCCAGUAACAUUCCAGCUGAAAAUCUGUGUGUAAUAACAAGCCCGGAAGGAAGGAAAAGUAUGUUGAAACUGGCGGAGAGAAUGGUGAUGAGCUUUUGUGUUGGUGUUGGUGCUUCAACUGCUCAUGCGUGGACGACAUUAUCGGCAACAGGCUCCGACGACGUAAGGGUCAUGACCAGAAAGAGUAUGGAUGAUCCAGGCAGGCCUCCUGGCAUUGUGCUAAGCGCGGCGACUUCGUUCUGGCUUCCAGUUCCACCAAAGAGACUUUUUGAUUUUCUCCGAGAUGAGAAUUCUCGGAGCGAGUGGGAUAUCCUCUCAAACGGUGGCCUCGUCCAAGAGAUGGCACAUAUAGCAAACGGGCGAGAUCCUGGCAACUGUGUCUCUUUACUACGCGUAAAUAGUGCAAAUUCUAGCCAGAGCAACAUGCUGAUACUCCAAGAGAGUUGCACCGAUUCCACAGGGUCAUACGUGAUCUAUGCACCGGUUGACAUCGUGGCUAUGAACGUGGUGUUGAGUGGCGGAGACCCCGAUUACGUCGCGCUUUUGCCGUCGGGUUUUGCAAUACUUCCUGACGGGCCUACUAAUUUCAAUGCCGGAGGUGGAAUCUUGGAGGUUGGAUCAGGUGGCUCUCUACUCACUGUAGCGUUUCAAAUCUUGGUGGAUUCAGUUCCCACAGCGAAACUCUCUCUCGGAUCAGUGGCAACUGUUAACAAUCUCAUCAAGUGUACGGUUGAAAGAAUAAGAGCUGCUGUGAUCACCUGCGAAAACGCUUAAUUUCAUCAAAAACCUAAAUCUGUGAUAAUAAAAGAAGGAAAAGAGAAGGGGAAAAGACGAAGAAAUUAAGGUGGUGUUUAGGUUACUAAGGGAUUGACCAUCAAAUACAACAAGCUAAAGGAAGGAAGUCAAGAACGCACCUUACAAUAUCCUUGCCUUGUGGUGUUUUGUGAGGGCAUAGAAUUUUGGAGACAAAGCAAAAAAAAAAAAAAAUUAUUAUUAUUAUAAUAAGUAAAAAGGAGUAUAGCCUGCAAGGAUGAUAGGUUCGGGUAUUGACUUCACCUAACAAAAAUGUUCAAAUUAGUACUAAGGCCUUUGUGAUUGUUCAUAAUAAACUCAGAAUAACUGUUGGGUUAAUUUUGUCGCUUUUGCUUUGUUUUUUGAGGUUAAGUUAGAGCUGUUAGGAGUGUUAAUUUUGUAACUGGCCAGUGUCGAAGCCUUAAUUUCCUUCUCAUCAUGUGUAAGUGUUUCUUUUUCUUUUUCUUUUUCUCCCCUGAAAUGGUCAUGUGUAAGUCUUUUAAAUAGGCUACUAGGAAGGACUAUUAUUAAUGUAGCC